AUGCCGGACAGUCCAGGCGCGUGGAAGCCGCGCUUCAACCGAGUAGCGUCAGUAAGGGAACUUCUUCGCGGCGCGGACUUGUCCACCGUCACCUCGUCCUCGAAUGCAUCACAUCGAGACAGCACCCCAACCAUGUCGAACAUGUCUCUUUCCGACUCUGAUCUCUCGUCGCUAUCGUCAGCGCCUCCUUCAGAAGAUGAAGUUGGUCCUAUGGCUCUCGAUGAGCCUGUUGGCAUCACCAAGUACUUCAAGAAGGAAUCCGAGUCUCCGCCGCCGAAACGGGAGCCCUCACCACCUCAUGAAUAUGUUCUAGCUGAUAAUCCUGACAUUGCAUUUAUUGUGAUGUUCCGCGCGCGUUUUCAUGAGGUCUUCCCGCGAUCGACGCCACACUUUGGACCCCAGGAUAUCGAGAGAGGAGUCGUGGAGCUUCCACCAGGCGAUUAUAUUGAGAGGCUAUUGUGUGCAUUGCUUGGUCUCGUGCUAAAUCGGAAGAAGGAUGUUGACCGAGCCCACUACCAGCGACCUCUUGAAGAGGCAAUUCAAACACAUGCCUCCCAAUGGCCCAAGGCUUGGCAAGGAAAGAAUCCCCUUCAUGGGGGUCGCACCUUUGCAACAAUGUCACCCGAAGAACGCUUGACCUUGUUGAAGUCGCUGAUUCUCUGGUCCCUUUCUUCGUCUGAAGCGGUUCAAGCCAAGAUUAAAGAAUCCUAUAAGCAAGCUCGCCAUGAGGACGAUCUGAACCAACCGCUUUCAGUCCAACCGUGGGCCGGUUUGGAUGAUACACAUUUCAGGUUGUAUCGCGAGAGCAACCCUGCGCUUAAGAACGUUACGUGGUGGAGUGUAGCCGGGACUAUACCCGAGUUGAAGGCUGUCGCAGACAAGCUGGAUGGAGAGAAGAGUAUACAUUCGAAGAAGCUCAGUGAGCGAAUCAAGAAUGCCAUACCUCGUUUUGAGGGCUCAGAGGAGAAACGCAAAAGACGGGACUAUCGCAUUGCCCGCAAAGCCGCCUUCGCUCGACCAGAGCCCGGGUUUUCACUGUACGAAGGCCGCACUCGGGGCAAGAAGCUCAAGUACACAUAUUCAGAUGACGAGGAUAUCUUUUCCGACGAAUUUCCCUCGACAAGACGAUCGACACGGAACGCUUCCGGAAUCUCGACACCUGCAGAGCCUGCGGGACCCAGAUAUACAGCAAGUGGUAGGCAGAUACGCGCACGAGCGGGUGGCCUGUAUGGCGAGAGCCUCCUUAGUGGCCAGCGCGGGGAGGAAGCCGAAGAAACCGGUAGACCCCAAAGGUCCCGGGCGACUCGCGCAAAUGGCUAUACGGACUACAACAUGGACGACGAGUCGGAUGCUGGUCACUCCAGUGGAAACGAAUGGCAAGGUGGCGAGGAAGAGGAAGACAAUGAUUUCGAAGGCGACGAUGAAGGCGAUUUGAGUGGAGACGAGUCGAUCAUAGACGGACAAGAUCGGAGCCUUGUUGUGCAGUUGAGAUACGGCAAGGGAAAAGUACCAAGCAGCCCUCACGAGCCUGUCGAGGAGCCGUCAGCGGAGAAACUUCAAAGUGCGCAUGCAGACCCGUCAACGGCCCCUGCAACUCAGCCUAUGAAUCAAGUGCCGGACUCUGAGACCAACAGACAGACAGGUACCGCAGAGGCGCAAGCUCCGACUGUGGAUGUCGUGAAAAUUCCCAGCAUUGUGCCGAUGAACACAGCUACUGAUGAGCAGAAGGUCGAUUCGCUGAAUGAGCUUAAUUGUCUACAGCGGGAGACGCGUGAGGGUGCUGAACAGCCUUCCAGAACCGACUUGUCGCCAAGUCAAAUAGCCCCCAUCAACUCUCCAAAUGAGACGGGUUGAGGUUUCUUGAAUGACAGCUACUUCAUGUUUCUUACCAAAAGCGAUGUCUUCACCUGACACUCGAAUAGUGUCCUGUGGCGCAGUGUUGCCAUUUCGAAAAAAACUUAAUACGAAUUCAGGCAAAGCAGGAGUUUGUUUCCAUCGAGAGUUUGUCAGGCUUUUGUUGAGCGGUAUGUUCACGGUCAAAGGUCCAUCUGACCUGGAGUUCGCAAUGGUUCUUAUAGCAGGAUGAUUUUAUACGAGACUCAGGGGACAUGUCACACCGAGCCCCAGAACUCGGCCACUGAUCCAGGCGCAAUGACUAGUGCUGAUUCAAAACCUUCUACCUACGCUAAAUGUAUAUUAUUUUGAAGGCAGGAUGGAACGCAUUAAAGGUUAGACGAGAAUCGCGAAGUAUG